UUGAUGCUCCUUCAAAAGACCAUAGAAAAGAAACAUGUCACCACCUAUUUAUGCUGAUCAUACGAAACAACUUCCUUCUUGCAAUCUUCAGAUCUUAGCUUUUGGAAAAGUUCUCAAACAGCAGUAACUAUACACUAAAUAAAUGUAAAAAUUUGAAAAGACUACUGUCAUGGCAGGAGCUUUAGGAAACAAGUUAUUUUGUGCUGCUAUAGACUUCGGUACAACUUAUUCAGGCUAUGCCUUCAGUUCCAAGGAUGAUUAUACAAAGGAACCAACUAAGAUUAACACAAAUGUCUGGUCUGGAUCUAAACUACUGUCAUUAAAAGCACCUACUGCUGUUUUACUGGAUUCAAGUCAGGAAUUUGUAGCAUUUGGAUAUGAAGCUGAGAACAAGUACUCUGAUUUAGUUGCUGAUGAAGAACAUGAAGAUUAUUAUUAUUUUCAUAGAUUUAAGAUGCUUCUCCAUGAGAGGAGAAUCACAAGAGAUAUAAAGAUAAAAGAUGAGCUUGAUAAAGAAAUGGAAGCUUUGAAGGUGUUUCAGUAUGCAAUUCAGUUCCUGAAGGAUCACUUAUUUAAGAGUAUAUCAGAUAAAAUAAAAGGUAUCCAGGAGAAUGAUUUACACUAUGUCCUAACAGUACCUGCCAUAUGGGAAGACUCUGCAAAGCAAUUUAUGAGAGAAGCUGCUACUAGGGCUGGUAUUAAAAGUGGCCAGUUGAGUAUUGCUUUAGAGCCUGAAGCAGCUUCUAUUUACUGCCAGCACCUUAAGACUGAUAGACAGGAUACUAAAGAAAAAAAUGCAUUUGCACAGACAAUUAAAGCAGGAAUGAAGUACAUGGUAGUUGAUCUUGGAGGUGGCACAGCCGAUAUUACAGUUCAUCAAAGAUAUGGAGAUGGUUCACUAAAGGAAGUUGUUCCUGCAAGUGGUGGUCCCUGGGGUGGUAAAUCUAUAGAUGAAGCUUUCCAUAGUUUUCUUAAAAGAAUUUGUGGACCCAAAGUCAUGGAAGAAUUAAGAAAAACUGAACUUGAGGACUUUAUAGACUUAUUCAGAGAAUUUGAAACUAAAAAGAGGUCAAUACGUGUAGAUCAAACUAACAAAGUAGUCGUUACAUUGCCUGUUGCCUUAAUUGAUUUAGUUAAAAGCCAUAGAGGUAAAAUGGAGACUGCUCUAGAGCAAUCACCUUAUGGUCAGGCAGUUUCCUACAGCAAGCAAAAGUUACACAUUUCCCCAGAUACAUUUAGAGAUUUAUUCAAAUCUACAACAGAAGCCUUAAUAAAACAUCUAGAAAGAAUGUUUCGUGAUGACAAGUUAUCGGAUUUAGAAAAUCUUAUUAUGGUGGGAGGAUUUUCAGAAUGUGAGCUUAUACAGCAUAGAAUGAAAGAAAAAUUUGGAAAACAUAAAAAGAUAAUUAUUCCUGAAGAAGCAGGUCUUGCUGUCCUUAAAGGAGCAGUUUUAUAUGGCCACCAACCGAAGGCUAUCAGCGCCAGAGUACUUCGUCGUACUUAUGGUAUCCAGAGCUGGCCGGAAUGGGACGCUCAAAUGCACCCAGAAUCAAAGAAAGUUAAUCUUGGUGGUGUAAAUAGAUGCAAGGAUGUAUUCUUUAAAUAUGUCCAGGUUGGUCAGCAAGUGGAGACUGGUCAUGAAGAGUCCCAGGUAUUCCAAGCUUUGAAACCAGACGAAAGAACCCUGGAGUGUACAAUUUAUGUAUCAACCGACCCUAACCCUCGAUAUGUGACAGAUCCAAGCUGUCAGCGACUAGGAAAUUUAAUAAUUCCAUUGCCAGAAAUCAGAGCUGGACAAACAUUAGAGAUAGAGGAGACUAUGGUAUUUGGUGACACUGAACUUUUAGUCCGUGCUAGAGACUUACACACUGGACGAGUUGUUGAGACGCAGUUUGAUUUGUUAUAGAGUGCCGAACUAGAUUAUCAUGUGCUAAGUGCAUGAAGUGAUUCAUUGUACUUUGGUAUGCUUACUGUACAUUGUAUUUUAGUAUAUUGUAAGAAAUAUUUUUCUUUCUUACUUGGUAUGGAUUUUUAUCAUAUAAAACAUAGGAAUCAAAUUCAAUAGUGCCAUUGGAUAACUAUAUAGAGGUAUCUGUAAUUCUGCAAGGGGUAAAAUUUAUCAAAUGUUUCCAUUGAGCUAUUAAUUUUGCAAGCACUAAAUUUUAUUUAACUCAAUUGACAAUUAAAUUAUCACAUAGUAAAAAUUGAUGCCUUCAAAUACUAUACCUUAAUUUCAAUUCUUACAGGGAAAAAAAUCACUGUUAAACAUGUUGAAUCAAUCAUAUUACAAUCAUUUGCAUGACAUAUUCACUUGUACAUUUUCAGAUCAUCAAUCUGGAAUUGAUGCCCCUAAAUUGUUAGCCUGAUUCUAUCAAAAUGGUAGUUGAAGCAGAGUUGCAUAACAAUGUGAAAUUGUAUGUUUUCCAAAUUAUAUCAUUUAUAAUCUGUAUUGAUUGAAGCAAAAUUAAUAAUGAUGUUUUUUUUAUAAACAAUGUCUCAUUCUUUUUAUGUGUUUUAGUCACAGGAGUCAGUAAUUGUCAAGAUAAUUCUGAAUGAUAAUUGUGUAGACUUUCCUCAAUACACUAGAAAACAGACUUUAUAGACCGUUGGUUUUCCUGUUUGAAUUGUUUUAAACUAGUCUUUUUGGGGCCCUUUAUAGCUUGCUGUUCGGUGUGAGCCAAGGCUCCAUGUUGAAGGCUGUACUUUGACCUAUAAUUAAUUACUUUUUACACAUUGUGACUUGGAUGGAUAGUUGUCUCAUUGGCACUCAUACCACAUCUUCUUAUUUAUAUUUACAGUUCACAAUGAAUAGCCCCUGAUAGGUUUUUGAUUGUAUUUUUAUCAGUUAACCAAAUUCAAAGAAAUGUUAAAUUCUGCACAAAUGUAAAAGUUUAUCAAUUUAUAGUAAAGUGGAUUAAAGGUUUUUUUGUUA